AAAAAAAUGAUUUUGAUGCGGAGGAUUGUGUUCUCAUCUUUUAAGUACUGAUAACUUUGUUUGGACAAUGGUCUUACCUCCAUUAUUGGCAGAGAGAAACACAAAGGAAUAAAAAGCAAAUAAACAGAGAGAAGAUGGAUUUGGUUCAGAUGCAGAAGAGUUUGCAAGAUUACACUAAAUCACUCUUCUUAGAAGGGAUUUUGGACAGCCAGUUCUUGCAGCUGCAACAACUACAAGAUGAAAGCAAUCCAGAUUUUGUUUCACAAGUUGUUACACUCUUCUUCCAAGACUCUGACAGGAUUCUCAAUGAUCUCUCACUAUCCCUAGAUCAACAAGUUGUAGACUUCAAAAAAGUUGAUCCCCAUGUUCAUCAACUCAAAGGUAGCAGCUCCAGUAUAGGAGCACAGAGAGUUAAGAAUGCUUGUGUUGUCUUCCGCAACUUCUGCGAGCAACAAAAUGUUGAAGCAUGUCAUAGAUGUUUGCAACAAGUGAAGCAAGAGUACUAUCUUGUGAAGAACAGAUUAGAGACUCUCUUCAAACUGGAGCAACAGAUUGUAGCCUCUGGUGGAAUGGUCCCGGCCGUCGAACUCGGGUUUUGAGAGAAUUAAUAAACACCACUAUCCAUUGUUGUAUCAUUUCGGAGAUCUCAUCUUCUCUUUUUGUUACUAUCCAAAAAAGUUCUUAUGUGAACUUCUUGUUUGUGCCAUUGGAUGAGUGAGAUACACCGAAACGUUUCUUAAUCUGAAUCCACACCUAAAUCCCACCUAUGUAUGGUAAAAACUUCAAGAAUAAUAGUGAAGGCUAUAUUUAUAUUAGCGUUUUGA